AUGAGGAACAUGACUGCAAUUCUUGUCAUUGCAGUGUGUUUUGUUCAAGCCUUGUAUGCAGGCCUUUCCAUCAUCUCAUUCCUUGCACUAAAGCAGGGCAUGAGCCACUACACCUUUGUGGUGUAUAGGAUGGCCAUUGCAACUGCCUUGGCAAUUCCAUUGGCAUGUGAGCAUGCUUCUAAUCCUCUGUUUUUGAUACUUGGCAGCCCUGUAAUGGACCAAAACUUAUACUAUGUGGGAAUGAAGAACUCCAAUGCCACAUUCACAUCGGCCAUGUGCAACAUGCUUCCGGUGUUUGCGUUUUUCAUGGCCUGGGUUUUCAGGCUGGAGAAUGUGGACUGCAGACACCCGAGAGGAUUGACCAAGGUUGUAGGAACCUUGGUUACUGUGGUAGGAGCAAUUCUCCUUACCAUGGUCAAGGGGCCUUCCCUCAACUUGUCAUGGGCAAGGGACCACGACAAAAAUCAUUCUUCAGCGCCCAAAGUCAAGGGUGCUCUCUUCCUAACACUAGCCUGCUUCUGCUGGUCCUGUUUCAUAAUCCUGCAAGCCAAUGUACUCAAGACCUACCCCUGCAAGCUCUCUCUCACGGCUUUGAUUUGCUUCUGGGGUAUGGUGGAAGGAGCAGUGGUGGCUGUUGUGGUUGAAAGGGGGAAUUUGGAAGCAUGGUCCAUACACUUGGACUUGAAGUUGCUCGCAGCUGUUUAUGGGGCUCUUGUAUCGGGGGCUGCAUAUUAUGUCAUGGGACUGGUUGUGAAGAAGAAGGGACCAGUUUUCUACUCGGCCUUUAACCCCUUGGCCACUCUACUUGUGGCGAUUUUGGGCUCAUUUUUUCUGCAUGAACAAUUGUAUACUGGGAGUCUCAUCGGAGCUGUAACCAUUGUGGGAGGCCUCUAUCUUGUUCUUUGGGGAAAAGCAAGAGAUCAGCCUCCCUCCGAUUCAAAGAAUGCCAAUGUGGAAGAACCAACUGGAACCCCAGCAAUAGACGAUCGUGAAGUUUAA